AUAAACGUAAACAAAGCAGCUUUGGCGGCAACCGUAUCCAGCUGUUUCCAGGAAGUCCUUUCAGAAUCGUAGCCUUCUACGAUCCCUUGCCAAGCUGCAUGUCCCUCAGACAGCUGCUACAGUGGCUACGUGCACUACCGGGGAUGCCUUUCUACGCCGUUGCCAAAGGACGCCAGGUGGGCAUAUUCUCCACAUGGCCCGAAUGCCAGGCACAGGUAACCGGAUUUACCGGUGCUCGAUUUAAGAAGUUCCCGACCGAAGCAGAAGCAAACGCAUUUAUAGACAACAACCGUGAUGGUGGUGGUGGUGGUGGAGGCAGUGUUCUCACCAGCAAAAAAACACCGACAGCGCCUAGCUGGAGCGGGAAGCGGAGUGCAUCUACGAGCUCGACUGGCGGAGCACUUCCACCGCCUAACAAGCAGGCGAAGAAAACCAUCCUACUCGACAAAGCUCCUUCGGCGGUGGCUAAGAUGGUAAAGUACGGCGAGUACAGCUUCCUGCAGGAUGAGGACGGAUUUGUGCACGUGUACACGGACGGCUCGUGCGAGGGCAAUGGGACGGCCAGGGCCGUUGCCGGGCUGGGCGUGUAUUUUGCCGAAGGACAUGCACUAAACACAGCCAAACCGGUCAGUGGCCGGGCGACGAACAACUGUGGUGAAAUACAGGCCGCCUCGCUAGCGAUCCGGCUCGCCCGGCAGCAAGGCAUCCGGCGGUUGGUCGUUAACACGGACUCACAGUUCCUGAUCAACGCCAUCACCAAGUGGCUGCCCGGCUGGAAGCGGCGCAACUGGACGCUGGCCAGCGGUGGGCCGGUGAAAAACCAGACCGAUUUUAUGGAGCUCGAGCGGGAGCUGAGUGCGGGCGAUAUCCAGAUCAAGUGGAACCACGUGGACGCGCACUGUGGUAUUUUGGGCAAUGAGCGGGCGGACCAGCUGGCACGCAAGGGUUCUGAGAUGUAUCGGAUGGCAAAGCGACAGGGAUGACUGAUUAGUAGAAUUGUUAAAAGUGCUGAGAGAGCAACUUUGACUGAGGAAUUGAAAGAAAGUUAAAUUGGAUAACAAAAACGUGAUAAUACAGUGAAAAACAAACACUACACACCAAAAGGCAAUGAGAAAUUGUAGUUAAAUUUUAUUAAAUAGCGCCUUCACCCAAACCCCCCUUUUAAUGUUUCACAAACGCUGCUUUUUCCCCCUUUCUCCGUCCCUCUCUCUCUGCAGUUCCCGUAGAAGUAGUGUUUCCAUAUUUAGCUUAUGUUUAAAUGUUUUUUGUUUUGCUAAUAAUUACUUAAUUAAUGCUUUUUGCUUUGCUUGCUUAUAUCUUGUUGUAUGACGAUACUUCUGCUCUCUCUCUCUCUCCGGUUUGCGAGCGUAUUGAUCUUGACCAACUGGAGGAGAGAAGCUGCACACUUUUCUGCCUUCAUUUUCCACGUAAUCAUAUGCUUAAAACAGCACAUUGGGCUUUUGUUUUGUUUAAAUUUUAUGCAAAAAAGCGUUCCAUUUUUGUUUGCGUGACUCUUAGUAACUAUUAACUUACUGUGUAGUACGCAGCAGACUACAACAGCAGCAGCAUGAGCAGCAGCUUUUCUUCCUGUGGUGUGUUGUUGUUUUCUGUUCUCGUUUACUACUCUUUUGCAUCACUCGCUUCUCGUCUUUUGCUUCUUUAGCUUAUUAUUGUGGUUUGAUUAUUUUAAACUGUUCUGUUAUAGGUUUUCUACUUUCCCUGCAAACUUUUGAUCUUACUAACUCUUCUUGCAUACUGCACCUGGUCCUGGUGGCUACGUUCUGGCACAAGUCUCUUGUUGUGUUUGUUUUGUUUUUUUUUUUUUUGUUGUUCCGAACCACUUUCCAAAACAAGCCCUAUGACUUUUAUUGUUUUUUUUUUUAAUAAACUGGAUUUUAAAUAUGAAAAGCAUCGCAUGAUGGCAUUUUUGAAAGUAGAAAACACCGUAUCGUUUUAAACACACAUAUACAAAAACACAACUAAAUGGAUAGUGGAUCAAUGAAACUCGCCUUUUGCAUGCACGACGGUCUUUCUUAAUUCUUUCUUAAAAUGUUAAAAAAAAAAACAAAUACCCAAGGAAGCUAUCAUUCGAGGUGAUUCAUUUUGUUCGUAAUAAUUCGUCCUGGUUAGAAAUUAUUGUACGUCGAUCGGAAAUCGUUACUGAUCGGAAAACGCAAUUGAUACGCAUCCCGCCUUCCACUAUUACUAAACGUUAUUACUGGCUUUGACGCACGCGCACUGCAACACGUCCACACGUGUGCUAGGCGCCUUUGCUGCACCUCGCACAUAUCCUUCCCUCCGCUUUGGCUUGGUUUAAGUUUAGCUUUUUUGUUUUUGUUCAGUUGCGUUUUUUUUUUGUUCACCCUGAUCGCAAUUCCUGCUUGUGUUAAUGAUCUUAUCUUACUCCUAAUCUACCCACCUAAUUCCUCCCCUUUUUUUAAGCUACCUUUAUGAUGAUCGAGCUACGCUAACGAAACGCUUCGGUCGUUGUUUUCGGUUGUCCAAAACUGUUUCUUUUUCAAAUAUCCGUAUAUUUAGAGGGGGGGGGGGGUGUUUUGUUGCUGUCUGCUUAGCAUUCUAGAAAUCCGACCUUACCUCCUCUCUCAUUAUCCACCUGUUUUCGUCCAUUUUGGGGGGGUUGUUUUACUUUUUAAACUUUAAUAACAAACUGGUCCGCCUAAUUUUCGUUUUCUUGUUCUCUCUUUCUCCCUCUCUCGUUCUCUAGUGCGUGUUAGGGAUUAUAAACUUUUUCUUUUAUAGUACGUUGGCUAGGGGCAGCUAAAACAUGUGUAACACGCACAUACAUCAUCAUCAUCAUCAUCAUCAUGGGUUAAAUUUACGGCAGGGGAAUCCAAAGAAUCGUCUCUUAAUCGUUCCGCCAGACUGUUGGUAAGAGAUUCUUCUUGUUUUCUGCGAUUUUACGUUACUUUUGUUUGUAAAUGCUAACGAUAAGUUAAUACCUCCCCCGCCCUUAUCCAAACCAUCCAGGGCGUUCUGUUUUGUGUUGGUGCUGUUUUCUUCUAUACCAAAUUUGCUUACAUAUCUAACUUGCGCAUUCAUUGUUUAGGGGGUAUUAUUGGUUUUGUUUUUCCAUGUUUUUUUGUUUGUUUGUUUGCUUGUUUGUUUCGUUUAAGCUUUUAACCUUUUCGUUUGUCAUUUUCACUUAUCGGGGGGCUCGCUUUAAUGAUUACUUUCGAGUUUUCCUUUUUGUUCGCAUGUAUGUUUGGCUAGUUUUUCACGGUACGGUAAUCUAUUACUGUUUUGCCUUUUCUUUUUGCUCUUAAUUAUUAAAGCUGAUUUAAUUAACAUUUCCUGUGCUUUUAUGUUGUUCUUAUUAUUUAUUAUUUUCUUCCUUUUUCGUCUUGUUCUUCUUUGUUGCUCAUUGUUCAAUAGUGAUACUACUGUAAUGUCUACCUUCGUCGGUUGUAGUAGUAGUAGUAGUAGAUAUGUUGAAUGGUAUGUGUGCAUUUUCCCGGGUUAGUGGCUUUAAACUAAUUCAAUGCUUCUGUUUUCCUGUAACAUUCGUAACGCGAGUUGGUAAGUUUUCAUGGUUUGGGGAUCAAUUUUUACGUUUCUUCUAUUUCUUUUUUUUCUCUGCAACUGGACCUUAUGAGUAUUUUUCAAUAGCGAAUGUACCACACAUUGCAGUACGUUGUUUGUUCGAUACAGGAGCAAAAGCAGUGAGUAGCAGCAAAACCGAACCAUGACGCAAAACUUAUGCAUUUAUCAUAUUCCUCCUCUCACAAGAGCUUGGUCGUUUUUGUUUAUCAAGUAGAUGUAGAACACUAACACUUUCCGGCUUAUAUUCACUUCCCGAUCACAACUCCGAGCACCCUGUCCCGAUAAAACGAUAAACGAGUUGCACAGUACCAGUACCCACACGGAAUCGAGUUCUUCGCACAAGGACGUAAAUCUCCUGGACCCCGCUUCUUUUGUAUAGUUUUAGCGUUUAAGUAAAGAAAUUCGAACAACACAAAAAAAGCACAAUAGCACGAUAAAACCAUUAAAGCAAAGCGCAUAGAAGAACGUUGGAGAAGAAAAUUGCAGCUGGAACUGCACCGCUUCCUUCUCGAAUUCUUCCUAAGCUGGAGUGUGCUGGACGGUACCACAAUCAAUAAUAUUAGUAUGUAUCACAGGAAACCGGUAAACCUGUUAUCCAUCGUCGAAAAACCAUUGCACACGCACACACACGCGCGCACAAGGGUGAAUGUGAAUCAAUGCUUACGAUAUCUGGUGAUGAUGAAACCCUUUUUCAAAAGCAGGAAUGCGCGAUCUGUGGUGCCCUUUUACUAAACCGGGUUCGGGCGAUCAUGACUAGACAAUAUUACUUAUGCUGAUGCACAAAAACGCUUAGGCGGCAGCAAACCCCAACCCAAGCAAGCAAGCAAAAAAAAAGCGCGCUCACUACACCUUUAUACACUACUAUCGGGAGGAUAAUAUCGCUGAAGAGAAGCCAAACACGCACCAAUCAGCAACAGAACGAACGGGUGUGCUUUAUGAUUAUCAGAA